AAGAAGAAGACGACAACGAAGAAGAAGAAGAAGAAGAAGAAGAAGAAGAGUAGCUGCAGGCAGCAGAAUCGGUUCAAACCAGUCUGGUCCAGACCAGUUCAGGAUGGCGGCCAUGUUGAAACCUCUGAGGAUCCUCCUCUCUACCCCAAAAUGUCCGCAGAGUCGCAGCUGCUCAAGAUAUGUCUCCAGGAUGAGGUAUGUGAACAAGCUGAAGGAGGACGAGUCCUUGUGUGCUGAAGCGCUGCAGAACAGCAACAUCAUGUUGUUCCACCGUCUGUCUCCUCUGCUGCAACGUGCUGAGAGAGGAACCUUCACACCGGCAACAUUCAGCAGUUCAGAUGUGCAGUUGAUUCUGGAGCGACUUGGUCAUGACAGAGGUUUGCUGACGGAGUCAGUUCUGGUCGGCUGUUCUGAAGAGAACCAGGCUCAGUUCUGUUUGGAUGUUGGAGAAUUGGAUCAGGCAGCAGUAGAAGACGAGUGUGAAGGAAACUUUGUCGAGCUCAGGAAAUCCUUCUUUCUGCUGACUGCUGCAGAGGUCCCUAUAGUGGCCAAGGGUCAGGCUCUGCUGCGCUGGCAUCAAACCAACAGGUUCUGCUGUGCUACAGGCCAGCCGACCCACCGGAACCAGGCAGGAAGUCAGAGAGUCUGCAGGAGCAGCGGGACUGUCCACUAUCCAACGAUGUCUCCAGUGGUGAUUGUCCUGGUGUCUGACGGGAAACGGUGUUUGUUGGGGCGACAGUCGUCCUUCCCACGGGGGAUGUACAGUGCUCUGGCUGGUUUCUGUGACAUGGGUGAGUCUGUGGAAGAGACUCUGUGCAGGGAGGUGGCGGAGGAAGUGGGUUUGGAGGUCGACAGCAUCUCCUACAGCUCCUCGCAGCACUGGCCUUUCCCUCACAGCUCCUUUAUGCUGGGCUGCCACGCCUCUGUAAGCCCCGCCCACACUCAGGGCUUUAACAUGGUGAGACAUCCUCUGUCCUUCAGCCUCAACAAGGGUCAGGACAAACUACUAAAAACCUUUUAACAGGUACAAAUACACAAAAACCUCAGAGACACAUGUGAGGACCCGUCUCCCAGGACGGACACAAGUCAACAGAUGUCAAGUGAAGGAAACAUCAUCAGAUUAAAGUUGUCAGCAGCAUUGAUGAGGGGAAACAUUUUGAUGAAUAACUUCAAUACUAUAUGUCAAUCAGUUCUGCUGCAUCAUAGUCUGUGGUCAGCAACCAGCAAGACCAUGAUCCACCAUCCAGAUCAGAUCCACUAUAGUCCACAGUCAUUGUCCACUGCCUCCAGUUAGGAUCCAUCAUCAGCUGCCACCUCGGUCCUGGUCCACCAACAUCUGAUGCCAACGUGACACAGGAUCCUCCAUUACCACUACGAUCAGCCAGCACGAUAUAGAAUCCACCAAACUGGAUCAAACUGGAUCCACCACCACGACCUCUGCUACACGAUCCACAAAUCAUAAUCCAUGGUGUGGCCACAGUGGCCCUGGAUCUGCAGAGAUAAAGCAAAGGGACUCGGGGAAGAGGUCAAGGGUCAGAAACAUGUACUGAUGAGAUAUGAAUUACUUCAAUGGGAUAGGGAUGAAGAAGAGGAAGGAGAAGCUGGAAAGAGGAGCUCCGUGUGUCAUGGGUCAAAUUUUUCUAACUACACGACAAAGCAACGCGAGCCCCACGCAGCCCGCAAGGCUUGUGAUUGGUCUGCUUACUACAUCCCGUCCGGAGUCUAGUUUCCGGUUUCAUGCCCCACAAUACGCGGAAAUCACGGAAGAUUUAGAAGAACGAAUAUGGACCAAAUAGAAGAGCACUUGGCAGAAGAGAUCCGAAAAUAUGACCACUUGUAUAACCCGUCACUGACUGGAGGAUUUGUCCACCAGAAAGAGGCUCUGAGGAGUCGGAGUGGCGACGUAAAUAAACAGUCGACGAAGAAGAAGACGUCUCUUCUUUGUGUGUUUUGUCUUCAACAAACAACGCUACUCCGCGUAGUGUUCUGGCGGUGAAUUGCGUCGCAACAUGUUAGAGAAGCAUCAACCAAAACGAGUCCGUCGAUGCAGCUGCGUGGUCUUCCGCGGUGGCAGUCCGGGACUAUAAUUCGGCCUUUAGCAUCAUCAGCGGUUUUUACCUUGUAAUCAAUGAAACAAUGAUAAAGGCUGAACUGGAGGCUACACUGGGGCUCAAGGUAAAUCUGACUGGCUACUGGUUUGUAUGGUAGAACGAUGAAAACCAUGUGGGCCACUAAGUAGAUCAGACAUCAAUACCUCUAUGCCUUUUUAAACUAAACGCUUCCUAUUUUAGAACAUAGGACAAGUAAUGUUCAGCUGCACUAAUCAGCUCUAACUAUAAGCUUUAUCAAAAAGGAAGGUUUUGAGUCUACUCUUAAACGAACAGAUGGUGUCUGCCUCCCGAACUGAAAGUGGUAGAUACAUACACCUGUGAUUACGUUACAUUACAUUGAGCUGACGCUUUUAUCUCAAGAGACAAUAAGUGCAUCAACCAUGAGGAAAAAAAACAACAAGAAUCAAGAGGCCAAACUACAAAGUGCGAUGAGUAAGUGACAUAUGUGCCACUAAACAUAGUGUUUAAAAUUGUAUAUUUAUUAAAACAUUAUAGUCAGAAGAGAUGUGUCUUCAGUCUGGAGGACGAUGUGUGGACUUCCUGUCCUAAUGUCCAUGUGGAGCUGGUUCCACGGUUUAGGAGUCAGGACAGGAAACUGUCCUGAUCAAAGUUAAUAGUCCGUUCACGGGUAGGAGGAGCUUUUCCCUGGAAGGAAAAGUAGUUUGUAGAUGAUAGAUGAGAGCAGGAACUAAAGUUUGAUACAACCAGUUGAGGACCUAGCGUUGACCCUGAGGAACACCUCAGUAGCAGCUGUUUGA